AUGGCUUGGACGACGAACGGAGGAGGCCUCCCCAGUGGUAUCUUUGACUCUAUUCCAAGUAAUUCCCCCAAGGACACGACACCUUGCGUCUCAUUCAUCGGUAUCGUCGAUUUCUCGCAAGAGGCUCGAUGGCUUUACAUGACCGACUCUGUUACCGACCUUCUCGGCUUCGAACCUAAAGAACUUAUUGGUCGGCCAUCACUCGAGCUCGUCCACCCGGAUGAGUUCCCGCGUGUUAGGCAACUUCAUUAUGAUACCAUCCAACAGGAUAAGGCAGCCGUCCUAGUUUAUUUACGUCUCCGACACAAAGACCCCUACAAGGGGUACAUUCUCUGCGGAAUCGUAAUUCUUGCCUGGCAUCCCAUUGGAAGCGUGUCAUUCGCAAGUCCGGGGGCGAAGGCUUUGCACAACGCUUCUACGGCGCAAGAAAUCACUGUCAUUUCUAAAGGGGCACACAACUUCGAGUUUAGGCGAUGGCACGACCCAUCCCCGAUGCCACCCAGUCCAACACUACCCCCCAUCAGGAAUCUUCCUCCUUCUCCAUCGUCAUCAGCAGAAUCUUCGUGGAGCAGCCCUAGUCCUCCGCCAUCAACACUACCUCCGCCAACUAAUUCAAGCAGUUACAGGAGCAACUACUCGAAUGUCCGCGCAGAAUCCGUGUACAUCGAGCGAAGCCCAAGUCCUAUCACUGGUAGACCGAGGCCCAUGAGAAAGCAGUCCAGUACAGCAGGAACAUCCUCCACUGUCAGAACACCCGAGACGUCGAACAGGGAUCCAAGUUCUCCUCCUGGUGGUCCGUCUCCUCCGCGGUCGCCGCCAUACCACUACCAGGAACACGCUAGACACAGUCCUCGUGGUUCCCUCUCCCACCCGUCACGGUCGCGAUCCCCAUCUCCCCUUCUUCCAACCCCAGUUUCAGAUACCGACCGGUCCUCCGAGCAUAUCAGAGGGCGGUCGGGGUCGGAGUCGGAUUCGUAUUCAACGCCACGAAAGGAGGAGCAUAGCGGUAGCUCCUAUCAACGACGGGACUCAGGCUAUGAGUAUGACCGUGACUAUGACUAUCGAGAUUCCAGGGCCGGUGAGAAUGGACGCGGACGUGGGGACCCAGAUUAUCGUCACCUGCCACCACCUGCACCAUCGUCACACCGUCAACAACCUCAACGACCGCCCUCGCCUCCGCCUAGACCCUCUACCCCCGUCAUCACUUUCCCCCAUCUACCCUCCAAGUCGUUCCGCACGGCCUUCAUCCUCGAUCGUUUCUCGUUACACUGCACCAUCCUGUAUUGCUCGAAUGACCUGAUGGUCCAGUCGACGCAUGCCAUUGGGAGGAGUUUCUUCGACUUUGUGGCUUUGAAGGACGAAGGGAUUGUGAAGAGCUGGAUAGAAUGUGUGAAAGGCUGGGGCGUCAAUGAACGAGGGCAGCCGAGUGAUGGUGGCUUUGGGUUCGGUCGAUUCAAUCUGCUCGUGUGUGGACGGGAGAGCGUGCCCCGCCUUCCAGACCCUUCAACACCAUCCAGGCACCGACAAGGGUCGACGACGACGCGUCACCAUUCGUCUCGCCAUAGACACGGCCCACGGACAGAACGGGAGCGAGAGCGUGAUUCAGCGUACGCUGCUUACCAAAGGGAACUGGGAGAACAGUUCCCUGUUGACGCCAUCUUCUCUGCUCAUUCUGAUGGUCUGAUGGUCAUCCUCCGGCGAGCACAAACCUAG